AAAAAUUCAUAUCCUAUAUAUAACCCUUGCUACAAGAGCAUAAUAUAUCACACAUCAAAAGCCAAAUAUAUAUCGUAAGAAAGAUUCAUAAUAUGGCUACCAAUGACUCUUCAAUUUCAAAGCUUCCUUUAAAAGAAAUCCCAGGUGGUUAUGGUGUUCCAUUCCUUGGCGCGAUGAAGGAUCGUUAUGACUUCCAUUACAAUCAGGGUACUGAUGAAUUCUUCAGGUCUCGAAUGAAUAAGUAUGACUCAACUGUCUAUAGAACCAACGUGCCUCCAGGUCCUUUCAAUGCUCGUAACUCUAAAGUGGUUGUUCUAGUUGAUGCGGUUAGUUUUCGCAUCCUUUUUGACAACUCACAAGUUGAUAAGGACAGUCGUUUUGAAGGAACUUACAUGUCCUCACCUACUUUCAAUGGUGGUUAUAAGGUUUGUGCUUUUCUUGACACUACUGAUUCCAAACAUGCCACAUUGAAAGGCCUUAUCUUGUCCACUUUAGCGCGGUUGCAUGACAAGAUCAUCCCUAUCUUUACUAGCACGAUCUCUGGAAUGUUUACCAAUCUUGAAAAAGAACUGUCUGAGAAAGGGACAUCAAACUUCAACCCCCUUAAUGAUAACAUGUCAUUUGAAUACAUUUUUCGAUUGUUUUGUAAUGGAAAGACUCCAACUGAUACGAGUCUAGGGACUAAUGGACCAAAAGCUGCAGAUAAAUGGGUGUUCUUUCAGCUAGCUCCAAUUACUUCGCUAGGUCUCAAAUUUGUACCAAACUUCAUCGAAGAUUUGGUUCUGCACACUUUCCCUCUACCAUACUUUCUUGUGAAACGCGAACAUCAGAAGCUGUAUAAAGCUUUCUACAACUCCUUGGGUCCUAUCUUAGAUGAAGCUGAGAAACUUGGUCUGAAAAGAGAUGAAGCAUGUCACAACUUUGUUUUCCUAGCAGGGUUCAAUUCAUAUGGAGGGUUGAAAGUUUUCUAUCCAUCUUUGAUCAAGUGGAUUGGAACAGGAGGACCGGCUUUACAUAGCCGGUUAGCCAAGGAGAUCAGAGCUGCUGUUAAAGAAGCCGGAGGAGUCACUCUUGCAGCAAUAGAGAAGAUGCCACUUGUUAAGUCUGUGGUGUAUGAAACAUUAAGAAUGGACCCUCCAGUUGCAUUUCAAUGUGCAAAGGCUAGAAAAAACAUAAUCGUUUCUAACCAUGACUCGUCAUUCUUGAUCAAGAAAGAUGAACUGAUAUUUGGGUAUCAACCACUAGCCACAAAGGACCCCAAAGUUUUCAAGAAUCCAGAAGAGUUUAAUCCAGAUAGAUUCAUAGGGGAUAGAGAGAAAUUGCUCGAAUAUGUAUACUGGUCAAAUGGUGAGGAAACAAUUGAUCCAACUGUGAAUGAUAAACAAUGUCCUGGCAAAGAUUUGAUUGUGCUAUUGGGAAGGCUAAUGGUGGUGGAGUUUUUUCUGCGUUACGAUACUUUUGAACUUGAAUUUGGAAAAUUCCUACUUGGUUCAAAGGUUACUUUCAAAUCAGUAACCAAGGCAACAUCAUAGAGGGAAACGAAUAUCAAAAAUCGAGUAUGUUCAGAAUAAGGUUGAACUUCUUCACAAGAUUAUAAUCUAGGGGUAGUUCAAAAUCUAGUUUUUUUUCGUGAUAGAGUGUAGUUUUUCUUAUUUAAGUUUGUACUAAGAUCUACGCGAUCGAUGUGUGUCCAAUAAAGCAAAUUAAUUAUG